AAAAAACGAUUACGGAUUAAUGGCACUUUUCGGUGGACAGAACAGCAAACUAGAGAUUUAAUUACGAUUGUCUUUGACAAUGUGAAGGCUAAUCCGGAACAGUUUGAGAAACCAACUGCUCAAAAAUUUUAUGAUCGCAUUACGGAAAGUGCACCAAAUUUACGCAACAUCAAAUGGGAUACUAUGCGUACAAAAAUGAGGCAUCUUAAAACAAGUUUUUUGACCGCACUCAAGUGGAAAGGCCAAACGGGAGCAGGAUUGCUUGAGAGUGGAGAUGUAAAAAGUGUUGAAGAAUACAUCAAAAGGACUUGUCCAUUUUAUGAUGACCUGCACGCAAUAUUUGCACGGCGCGUAAAUAUCCAGCCGCCAGCUAUCUACCAGUCUACAGAGCCAAUUGCAUUUCAGGUGACGAUCUCUAUGUAUCGACUCAUAUGUCACAAUCUGCACCAGCAAAUCCUUAUGGAAUGGACUGAAGCAAUUUUUAUUUACACUUAUGGUAGGACUUAGUCAUCUUUGAAUAAAUCGUUAAUAUU